AUGGCGCCGUUAGUGACGAUAAUAGCUAGCAUUGCAAGCGAUAUGCUCGUACAUUAUGGUAGGCGGUCCUCGCCUGAUCUCGAGAGAGACUCUCGCGGUGCAUCCAGGCUCGACAUCCUGUCCUCUUCGACAGUGGCCUGCAGGCAUGAGACGCCUCGUCAGGGCUUCAAUACUUUCCAGCUAGGGAGGAGCGUGGGGCUAGAGGUGAUGAAAGUAGCCAAGAUACAAGGAUCACAGUUAGUGUCCGUCACUCUCAGGUUCUCCUGCAACGGGAUUGGCUCAAGAGAUGGCAGAGAGUUCUUCACGCUGCAGCCCGCAUCACAGCAACAACCCAAUCACAUCCUGAUUGAACGUGAUAGCCUGGGUCCACACAGUAUCGCAUGCGUUGCGUGA